AUGGAUAAACAGGGAAAUAUCCUAAUUGAGAAAAAACAAAUUGCACAACGAUGGAAGGAAUACAUUGAAAAACUUUACAAAGGGGACAAGUUGGACGAGUCACUGAUUGAAGAGGAGAAACUGGUUGAUGCAAAUGAUUUGGGACCAUCAACCUUAAAAUGUGAAUUUGAUAAGACACUGAAGGGAAUGAGAAAGGGCAAGGCACCUGGUGCAGACCAGAUACCCGUAGAACUUAUAAUGGCCCUAGGAGAAAACACUAAAAAUGAUCUGUACAGACUCAUCAAUGAAAUGUAUAUAACUGGCCAAGUGCCAAAAGAUUUUGAAAAGAUCAUAAUGGUUCUGAUUCCAAAGAAGAAAGGAGCACAGAAAUGUGAGGAUCAUAGGACACUAAGUCUAGUCUCACACAUAUCAAAAAUUCUCUGUGGAAUAAUCUAUCGAAAGAUAGAAAGAAAAGUAGAAGAAAACCUAUCAGAAGACCAAUUUGGUUUCACAUGA